AUGAGUUCAUCAGCUUCUACUACCUCAUCUGGCAAAGAUCAUAAUCUAUCUCCAAAAUAUCAUCAACGUCAUCGUGCAACAUCAUCAGUUGGUCAAAUAAAUGUUGGUGAUACAUCUCCUUCAUUAUCAACAAUGGAUACUUCACCAUCAGCAAGAAGAAAAUCAAAUGCAAGAUUAAUUGAAUUACAAAAAAAAUCAACUUCGGAUUUUGCAAUUGCUAAAAAAUUAAUUAUUGGAUUUAGAGAAUUAACUUAUAGACAAACUUGGAUUUUACCAUUAAUUUCAUUAAUAAUUGCUUAUUCAACUUUUUAUCUUUCAAGUCCAUCUGGUCAAAUUCAUCAAUUUUUAAAAGAUAUGAUUGUACCAUCUUAUCAUAUACCAGGAACUGAUCAAUAUGGUAAAGGAGUUAAUGAUUUUAAAUUUGUUGGAUUUUAUGCAUUAUUUUUCACAUUUUUAAGAGAAUUUAUGAUGUGUUGUGUAUUAAGACCACUUAGUAUAUUAUUUGGUAUUAAAAAGGAAGCAAAACAAAAAAGAUUUUUAGAACAAACUUAUGCAAUGUUUUAUUAUGGAUUAAGUGGUCCAAUUGGUUUAUGGAUUAUGUCAAGAACUCCAUUAUGGUGGUUCAAAACUACACCAAUGUAUCUUGAUUAUCCUCAUAAAUCUCAUGAAAUUUAUUUUAAAGUAUUUUAUUUGGGACAAGCAGCAUUUUGGGUACAACAAUCUGUUGUAUUAAUUUUACAAUUAGAAAAACCUAGAAAAGAUUUUAAAGAAUUAGUUUUACAUCAUAUUAUUACAAUUGCUUUAAUUUGGUGUUCUUAUAGAUUUCAUUUUACAUGGAUUGGUAUUGAAGUUUUUAUCACAAUGGAUGUAUCUGAUUUCUUUUUAGCACUUUCCAAGACAUUAAAUUAUUUGGAUUCUCAAUUGACUGGACCAUUCUUUGUAUUUUUUAUUGGAGUUUGGGUAUAUCUAAGACAUUAUAUAAAUUUGAAAAUUUUAUGGUCUGUAUUAACUGAAUUUAAGACUGUUGGUGAAUGGGAAUUAAAUUGGGAUACUCAACAAUAUAAAUGUUGGAUAUCACAACCAAUUACUUUUGCUUUGAUUUUUGCUUUACAAUUAGUUAAUGCUUAUUGGUUAUUUUUGAUUUUAAGAAUCUUAUCAAGAUAUAUAUUCUCAGGUGACAAAAAAGAUGAAAGAAGUGAUGAUGAAGAUGAAGGCGAAGUUGGUUCCCAUGAAGAAGAAGAUAAGAAACAACAAUAA